CUCGCCCCUUUCAGUCUGGCACCGACCGCCGCCGAAACCGGUCGCGCUACGGUUCGCUAAUUCUUCAUCCGCCAAUUUUCACUCGACGAUCUCGAUAUCAAAACAAACAACGAGGAGCCUCGAAUAAAUACGCCAAAAUUAUUCAGUUCCGAUACGACACCCAAACUCGAGAUAUGCUUGAACAAACCAUUGCGAAUAAACGAUAAACACGUUGAAAAGUCAAACAAACGAUACGAAACUACACAUUAAAAUAUGGCAAAAUCAAGCCGUUAAUUGGCCAUUGAGCAGGAAUGUCCGCGUUGAGUUGGACUGCUCGAGUUUCGAGUUGAUCUCUCAAACGAUUAAACGAUCCCGGCGAACAAUCUAAAUUCGAAUUUGAAAUCGAUAAAUAACUAAUAUUUCGUUCUUCAGAUUCAAAUCUUUCCGAUCGUUCGUCAAUUGUAGAAUGGACGUGUCAUCAGGACUUUGGCGCGCCCGGGAGUUUCGUCUCCCCCGACGGAUUCGCCCUCACAAAGCUGUCAACUAAACACGCGUUUUCUCGGCCGCAGAAGCGAUAAAAGUGAUAAAAAACCGAUAUAAAUCAGGCGCGAUAAUAGCGAAUUGAAAUUUCGAAAAAAGACUAAUUAAGACGGAAGUAAACCCGUUCGCUUUAUUCGACUAUCAUUUUCCAUCCGAAGAACAAAUCUCUAACAAGACCAUGCUCUCAACGGCAGAAAAAGUUUUCAACGGAAAUAAAAAAAUAAUGAAAAAUUUCAAUUAAACUCACUUUCAACAACAACUAACGAUAAGUGAAAAGUAUUUUAUUCAUGAGCAUGAAGCCGGAAAGCAACAACGGUUACCUCAGGUCAACGGUCAUCGCCGAAGAGAGCGAACUUUUGCCACCUGCUGCUCGGGAGUCUCCGCACACUGGGAAUUCUCUUCAGGUGACUUGCGGAGCCCGCGGAAGCACGACAACGAGUAUCGUUCAUCAUCCGACGAGUUCUCAAAGACCCAUAGCGGGUAUAACGCGAGGAACAUCGAUAACGAGACGUCGAAGGGGUCCAACGAAUAGGCAACAGCUUUUGGGGGUUUUGGCGGUUACUCUGCUCAUAGCUACGUGCAUUUUUACACUUUUACUUGUCAACCGAUCCCGGGAAAGCGGACAGGAAUCGAGGCCCGACGUUUGCAUGACCGAAGAAUGCGUGAGGACUGCGGCGAGUUUACUGUCAGCGAUGGAUCGAAGUGCUGCGCCAUGCGUCGAUUUUUUUCAAUACGCUUGUGGAACGUGGAAUCGAGUCCACGUAAUCCCAGAGGACCGUAGUUCGAUUAGCACUUUCGAGGUACUCUCGGAUCAGUUGAAAGUCAUAUUGAAGCAGGUGCUCGAGGAACCCCCAAACUCCGAUGACAACGACGCGACUCUAAAAGCAAAGAUGUUUUACAAGUCUUGCAUGGACAUCCGUCAAAUAAAGUUGUUCGGAGACUUACCGCUGAGAGAAAUGCUGAAAAAACUCGGUGGGUGGCCAGCAGUGGAGGGCGCCAUGUGGCGGUCCCCGGUUUUCCCUGUCGAAGUUUUACUCGGUCGUUUGCGUGGCGAGUACAAUGAGGGAGUUUUGAUCGAACAAUGGGUCGGUCCGGACGACAAGAAUUCCUCGGUGAACAUCCUCCAGCUGGAUCAGAUGCAAUUGGCCCUACCGAGCAGAGACUAUUAUUUAAAAAAGACUAGUGAAGCUGAGUUGCGAGCUUAUCAUCGUUACAUGACCAACGUGUCGGUCUUAUUAGGCGCCAACCCGCAGACUGCCUCCGAGGAAUUCGAUCGAGUUAUCAAUCUGGAAAAACAACUCGCUGAAGCUUCUUUGGCAGAAGCUGACAGACACGACACGUCAUUGAUUUAUCGGAAAUUGACCCUCCGAGAAAUCCAGGAAGAAGUGCCACAGCUCAAUUGGCAGAUUUAUCUUCAAGAACUUCUCAAUUCGCCCAUCACGAAUGACGAGCCGCUCGUAGCUUACGCGAUGCCUUAUUUCAUCCAAAUGGGUCGAAUUAUUGAACGAACGGAUCAACGAACGUUGUACAACUACGUUAUUUGGCGAUUGGUCAUGUCGAUAAUGCCCCACAUGAUUGACGAAUACCAGCAAAAAAGGAUCGAGUACCGUAAAGUCCUUCUGGGCAUUUUGAGCGAAAGAAAUCGAUGGUCUCAGUGUGUUGAGUGGACGAACAAAAAGUUAGGAAUGGCUGUAGGAGCUUUGUUCAUUCGUGACAAUUUCAAUCACGAAAGUAAGGAAACAGCGUUACAAAUGAUUCACACGAUAAGGGAAGCUUUCAACGAAUUGCUGGUCGAAAAUCAGUGGAUGGACGACGAGACGAGAGCAGUGGCUAAAAAAAAAGCGGAUUCGAUGAAUGAGAGAAUCGGAUAUCCGGAAUUUUUGAAAGAUCCGCACGAGCUUUCCCAAGAAUAUAUAACGUUGAAUAUCACGGAGAAUCGUUUUUUGGACAACAUCUUCGCGCUUCUGCGUUACGAGGCUCAUCACAAUCUUGAAAAACUUCGAAAGCCCGUGGACAAGGACAAAUGGUCGACCGAGCCAGCAGUGGUGAACGCUUUUUACAAUCCUAAUAAAAACGACAUUGUUUUUCCAGCGGGUAUUCUCCAGCCACUUUUCUACGCUCAGCAUUUCCCAAAGUCCUUGAAUUACGGCGGAAUCGGGGUCGUAAUCGGUCACGAAAUAACCCACGGUUUCGACGACAAGGGACGUCAAUUUGACAAAGAUGGUAACAUGAUGCAGUGGUGGAACAACGCUACCAUAAGGGCGUUUCGAGAACGCGCACAGUGCAUCGUCGAACAAUAUUCUCGGUACAAACCUCAAGAAAUUGAUCUUUACGUUAAUGGGAGAAUGACACAGGGCGAGAAUAUUGCCGAUAAUGGAGGCCUCAAACAAUCUUUUCGCGCAUACAAAAAGUGGGUAUCGCAGUACGGCGAGGAGCCUCUGCUGCCAGGCGUCAAUUUGACCCACGAUCAGCUAUUUUUCCUGAAUUAUGCUCAAAUAUGGUGCGGCUCAAUGACGCGAGAGGAGGCACUUACGAAAAUCCGUAGCAGCGUCCAUUCGCCCGGUGAAAUAAGAGUGCUGGGUCCGUUGUCGAACAGCGAAGAUUUCGCGAAAGCUUACGAUUGUCCGUUGGGUUCGCCGAUGAAUCCUAAGAACAAGUGCAACGUUUGGUAAUGCGAUGCGGCAGACUCAUUAGGAAAAUGACAUUUCAAACAAAGGAACUGAAUCAGGCGAAUGGAGUAAAUUUAUUUGUUUGGAAAUACAAGAUAGUUUAAAAAAGCAUUAAAAUGGGCUCAACUGAAAGUAAACGAAACAGGCCGUUUUUUAUGCUUUUCAAUGGAUUCGAGAAAAUCUCGCGCGCGCCUGACGCGUGUUGAGUGUAUGCGUGCAUUUCCGCGCUAUAUAUGUGUAUAUUUAUGUGUGUGUGCGUGAAACAUGACCUCGAUCACGAAAUAACUUUUCCUCAUGCGAAAGGGCAAAGAUAAUUUUAAAAAAACGAAUAAAAUGGGACAAAUGAAAUCACGAUGAAAUCGGGGACUCUCGUUGGAGUACUAUACGGAAAAGUGUGAAGCUGAUAUUUUUUCCUCGACUCCUCAAUUAGCAAAAUUGGAGGUUGUCAAACAGUGCAAAGUGAAUAUUUUUAUCGAAACUCCAAAGCUGCGCCUCCGGCUCGGAAUUCCAUCAGAAAUAUUGAAACUUCUAUUAUAUAACAUCCGCUUUGAAUUUUCGGACUCCUGGUAUAUGAAUAACUGUAAAAAUUGUAACUACAGAAAAAUCAAAUGUACGUAAGAAAGAAAAUAUAAUGUAAUAGCACGUGGAAUUGAGCGAGAUUAAAAGUCCGUGCAAGCAUUUGCACAGUAAGUGUGGGGCGCGUAAGCGUUUGAGGUUAUGUUACCGAGGAACGCUUCAACUGCGUCCGAAUAUAGUUGGCAUUCGAGGGGGCAGAAUGCUGGAAAAAUAAAGUAAUGGAACAUUCCGUUUGGCUCAGUACGCAGAUAGAGUCGCAAAUGAAUCAAAUGUUUCGUCGUGCGAUAAAUAUCAAUUUUAAAAACGAAUAAAACAUGUUGAAAAAUCUAAAUAUAUAUAUAAAUCAUGUGAGCUGAAA